AUGAUCGUGAAGACCAUCUCCAUUUGCAAUUUCAAUUCCAAGAAAUAUUGCAUCUUCACAUUUAAUCUCUUUACUAUUGAGCAGAUGGUGAUAGUACCUGGAUUUGGCAUAGCUAGAGGGAAUAAUCAUUAUGGUUACUUGACAAAAAAAUUGGAUGUGUUUAGCUUUGGUUGUGUCAUAUCGGAGCUUCUGUGA